AACAUAUCUAUCUAGAGUUUUACCAACAACACAAGUCGCAUUUGUCAACAAAAAUACACCAAGUCGUAUGUUACCCGUUGAUUAUACAUCACACGGUUGAAAUUUUACAGAGUGAUGCAAGUUGCAGAAGAAGGUCGGUGUCGUCAUAGUCUUCUUACAAGAAAAAUGAGGUGAAAUUUAUCGGAUGUGGAUAUUGAGGUAGUACAGUGAAACUGCAGCAUUUGGUUAAUUAAAUUGAACCGCGUGACUCUAUGAUGGUAAAGAGUAGAGGUUAUUUUGGCAAUGCUUUAGAUACAGUUGGUGAAUCUGAAGGAUCCGGAACAUCGGGACAAAUAGACACUGAAAUUACAGUUUCGGAGGACUCGAGUGCCCCAACAAGGAAAUCUAUAUGUUUGAACUCAAGCCGCCGUGGUGCGUAUGGUGCUUUAAUGCAAGUUGUUCCGUUGUCAAAAUUGUCAACUAUUGAAAGGAAAGGUUUGGCGCAACGGUUUAGAUCUGAGCUUGAACAGAUUCGGCAACUUCAGAAGAGAAUUGAAAUACAGAGAUCGAAUGGGGUUACAUUGUCAUCGUCUAGUGAUAUUCUUAGUUGUAGUAAUGGUGGUAAUAAUGGACAUCGAGUGGAAAACUCGAGGAAAAAAUCGGUGUCUAGUUCUUUACCAGGGAAUAAAUCUAAACUUUCGGGUAAGAGUAAUAAGCCUCGUGGAUGGAAUCGGGGAUCUUCUGGAAAGUUCGAGACUCCAGCACAGACUCGUUCACCCAGCACCGUAAAUUCUUUGUUGAUGAAAGAUUGUGAGUCACUGUUGACAAGGUUGAUGACUCACCAGUAUGGUUGGGUUUUCAACACUCCUGUGGAUGUUGUGAAGUUGAACCUUCCGGAUUAUUUCACUAUCAUCAAGCAUCCUAUGGAUUUCGGAACAAUAAAAAGCAAGAUCGAUACAGGAGCAUACUCAGACCCAUUGGAAUUUGCUAGUGACGUGAGGCUUACAUUUUCGAAUGCAAUGACCUAUAAUCCACCUGGGAAUGAUGUCUACAUAAUGGCUGAUACCCUCAAAAAAUAUUUUGAAGUGAGAUGGAAAACAAUAGAGAAGAAACUACCCAGAAGCGAUGCUCUACCAUUGCCUAUAAAACCAAACCCUUCUCAAGAUGUGAAAACUACUAGACCAGUGCCUCCUUCCAAAAAGAGAAAAAUUGUCUCAUUGCCCCCUCAACCUGAAGUUAUCACACCUGCUAAGCAGACUAUGUCGGACGAAGAGAAGCACAAUCUAGGUCGACAAUUGGAAUCUUUGCUUGGGGAAAUACCUGUUCAUAUCAUUGAUUUCUUGAAAGAACAUAGUUCAAAUGGAAAAGAAUGUGCAGAGGAUGAGAUUGAGAUUGAUAUCGAUGAUCUCAGUGAUGAUACACUGUUUGCAUUACGAAAGCUUUUGGAUGAGUUUUUGCAAGAGAAGGAAAAGAACAAAGAAAAAGUUGAAGUGUGUGAAAUAGAGGUGUUGAAUUAUUCUGGUCCUAGCAAUUCCUCAUUGCAACCAGUUAAAGGUAAUGAUCUGGCUGAUGAAGAGGUGGACAUUGGUGGAAAUGAGCCCCCUCUUUCAAGCAAUCUUAGUGUGAAGGUUGAAGAGGAUGUUGGCGGAAAUGAACUCGCUGUUUCGAGCUAUCCUGAUGUGAAGGUCGAAAAGGAUUUUGGUUUAAAUGAUCCCCCUGUUACAAGCCAUCCCAAUAUGAAGGUUGAAUCGGACGAUGGUGGAAAUGAGCCCCCUGUUUCAAGCCAUCCUCAUGUGAAGGUUGAAAAGGAUACAACUUGCAGAGCAAACAAAUCUCUAAGCCCAGGCCGCUCCAAUGAUUCCAAUUCUAGUAGUUCUUCUGAUAGUGAAUCUGAUGAAGUUAAAGCAAGUCCAGCAAAUGGAACAAAGGUACCAGAAAUUAUGGAUUCUGAUGCUCAGUUGGAUGAGACCAUCAGGGGUGCUGAUACUCUUGAAAGAAAUCAACCUGUCACUGACUUGGAUCAAGUUGAGGAUAACUCUCAGGAUAAACGAAGUUCUUUUGACUCUUAUUUCCAGCAAGAUGGGGACAGUGGUCCAACUGAAAGGCAGGUCUCCCCUGAUAAACUUUAUCGAGUCGCACUGUUGAAGAAUCGAUUUGUUGAUACUAUCUUGAAAGCUCGAGAAAAGACACUCACACAAGGAGAAAAGGGAGAUCCUGUGAAAUUGCGCCUGGAAAGAGAGAAAUUGGAGAUGGAGCAAAGGAAAGAAAAGGCAAGGCUACUAGCAGAAGCAAAGGCUGCUGAAGAUGCUCGAAAGCAGGCAGAAGCGGAAGCUGCUGCUGAAGCCAGACGAAAGAUAGAGCUUGAGAGAGAAGCUGCACGACAAGCACUGACACAGAUGGAAAAGACUGUUGAAAUCCACGAGAAUCCUCGUUUUCUCGAAGAUUUGGAAAGGCUUAGAGCUGUACCUGCUGAGCAAUUGCCAAGUUAUGUAGAUGAGACAAGUCCUGAUCACUCUCAGGAUGGCUUGGGUAGUUUCAAGUUUGAUAGUAGUAAUCCCUUGGAACAACUAGGAUUAUAUAUGAAAAUUGAUGAUGAAGAUGAGGAAGGCGAGCCACCCUCUGUUCCAAACCCUGUAAAUGAUGUAGAAGAGGGAGAGAUCGAUUAAAAACUAAAAACUAUGCAUAAUCCAUAUCAUGAUUAAGGAGCAAAGUAUAGUUAUCUCUAGCCCCACGAAAAUAUUCCCAUGUAUUUUAGUUAUUGCAGUGCAUUAAUCCAUCGAUGAGAGGCAGCAUUCAGAUUCUAGAAGAACAAUAUUAAUUCAGUUCUGGACUGUCAUGCCAUCAAGGGAGUGGUUUGAACAGAAACCAAGGAACCUUUUUGGCCGUUUGCAAUUAGAAUAGAAGUAUGCAUCUAUCUUUAUGUUAUUGUAAUACUAGUAAGUGGUAUGAGUUUCACGUCCCUUUGUCUUGGCUAAGUUGUACAAAAGAUAGAUGGUGUUGUCCUUGAAACUGUUAAAUAUAAAGCCAUCUUGAUGUUUAUUGUAAUACUAGUUAGAUGGAAGUAUGCAUCCAUCUUAAUGUUAUUGUAAUACUUAGUCAGUUGUUUUAGUUUCACGGCCCUUUGCUUGGUUAUAAGUUGUACAAAAGAUAGAUGUUGUCCUUAAAACCGUGGACACUGAAGGAGCUACAACCUUCCGAUUACUACGUAUUUUAUUUGUGUUUGGUUA